AUGGCUGCUGAGUUCACUACGAAGGUUCGACUAGUUAGAUGUCCUAAAUGCCGGCUGCUUCUACCGGAGUUGCCAGAUUUUCAGGUCUACAAGUGUGGUGGAUGUGGUGCUAUUCUCCAAGCGAAAAAUCGUCUAAAUGGUCUGAGAAGCAGGAGUACUGGCUUAAAUGGAACAGUGGCAGCUCGGAUGAAUGGAUUGGGUGAUUUAGGUCACAGUUCUGAAGAUAAGGCAUCCAACAGCACAAGUUGUAAUGGAACUCUUCCUGACUCGGGAGAAUGCUCCUCAGACCAAAUCGAUGAGAAGAAUCAAAGCAAGUCUUCUGGAGAAUGCUCCUUUGAAAGAAACACCGAGAGGGAUGGGAGCAAGUUUUCAGAAGGCAGUGAAUCUAGCAGCUCAAGUCUAAAGGCUAAGGCUCCUGCCUCGGAAGUAUGCUCUCCGGAAAGAAGGAAUGAAAGGAAUGUGAGUAAGUCUUCUGAAGGCAAUGAAUCUAGCAGCUCUGGUCUAAAGGCUUCAGUUCCUGCAUCGGGAGAAUGCUCUUUGGAAAGAAGGCAUGAGAGGGAUGGGAGUAAUUCUUCAGAUGGUAUUGAAUCUAGCAGCUCAAGUCCAAAGGCCAAGGCUCCUGACUCAGGUGAAUAUUCUUUGGAACGAAGCCAUGAGAGGGAUGAAAGUAAGUCUUCAAUAAUAAUUGAAUCUAUCAGCUCAUGUCCAAAGGCUAUAACUCCUGACUUAGGAGAAAGCUCUUUGGAACAAGACAUUGAGAGGGUUGAUAGUAAGUCUUCUGAAGGCAUUGAAUCUUGCAGCUCAAGUCCAAAGGUUACUUUUCCUGACUCGGGAGAAUGCUUUCUGGAUCAAAACAAUGAGAAGAAUCAGAAUAAGUUUUCUGAAGAUGAAGAAUUUAGCAGCUCAAGUCACAAGGUCAUUCUCCCAGAAUCAGGUGAAGACACUUCAAUUCAAAACAACGGGAUGGAUCCUGAUAAAUUAUCUGUAGAAGAUUAUGGUGGUGAGCAGCUUCGAGUGUUAAACUUGCCAAAUGAGAACCAAAACAACCACAUUGAUCAAAAUGGUUAUGGUGACCCUAGUAUGGAGCCACUUGGAGUUUCCAGAGGAAUUCCUUCAUUAAUGGAGUUUGCAAGUAGUCAAAGCAAGGGGUCAUUACCAAUAUCAGCAGCAAGUUCAGAAGCAUUGAAAGAUGAUGAGAGUUUACCUCUAGCACCAAAUCUAGAGGUAGACAUCGUGGUGGAGAUUGAUUCUGAUUCCACGAGUUCAAGCAGACUCAAUGCAGUGGCCACAAGGGGAAGUAGUUCAAUAUAUUCUGCUCAUAUGCCCCCAAGGGACAGCAUUUCAUCAGAUCCCAUUAUAUCUUCUCCUGAUGAACAAUCAAAUGAAAUAGUAGACUUCAACAUGGAUGUUGAUUCAAGUGCUGUCAAUCCAGGAGCUACAAGUGAAAGUGGUGUUACUGCUCACAUGCCAGCACAAGAGAGCAGUUCUUCAGGUACCCUUACUUCGUCUCCUAAUGAACAGCUUAGGGAACCGCAUAAUGAUGUUCCGAAAAGUUUUGAUCAUCUGAAGUCUUCAAGCACAUUUGAAAUUGAAACUACAGACUUUCUCAGCCCCAGAUCUGAGUUUAGCACUGCAGUAAGAGAUAGGUCGAAGUCCCCAGCAACUAGAAGCCAUCAUGCUUAUGAUGGAAGUGUCUCUUCUUAUGAUGGUAUAGAUGAUCUGUUAUACACCCAUAAUAUGAAUACAUUUCAAGAUGCUUAUAAAGCUCCGAACUUGGUUCAAUAUGAAGAAAGAUACAGAAGGAAAAAGUUUCUUGCAGAAGGCAUGGGGAGUAGAGGUUCUGAAUUUCCAAAUCAGGCUAGGAAUACCUGGUUAAGCAUGCCUGAUAAGAAUCGUCAUGCCAUGAAAUACAGAAACCGGGAUCAAGAUGAAAUGCUGCCACCUAGAAUACCACGUCAUCCAAGUCGAGAUCAUGCAAGAGUGCAGAGGGAUGAAUAUAUGUCUAGGAUGGCUUCUCUUCAAGGAGAUUCCCUAGGUGGAUAUGGAAAUGGUCGCUUCGCAAAUCAAAUGCACAAUGAGUUGCAAAGUAAUUCUGACUAUCAAUCUGACAGGUCUGUGAGUGCUGCAGCGGACAAGUUGACACUUCUGAGAAUGGUGUAUGAAUUGCAGAACCAAGUUAACAAUUUAAAUAUUGUACAGGCAAGUCGGCAGGAAAAGCAUAUUCCCCAGUACCAUAAUUAUGAGGCAUCUGAGGAGGAGCUUUUCCAUGGCCUAAAUCAUCCUAGGGAUCUAAGAAGAAGCAGAGCGGGAAGCCAUUAUACACAGCAGCAAAGUCAGUACAGACCAAUACCUUUCUCUAGUGAGGCAACAACAAGCAGACACCAAGUUGAUCCCUCCUUUAUGCACCAGUAUCCUCAAGACAGGCAGUUCUCAGCACCGUUGCCUCUACCCAUCCGGAGCAAUACUAAUGGGUUACGUAGGCUUCAUCCUGGUUAUCCCUCAAGCCAGUGGGACAGUGAAACAAUGUCUGAUGAUCAGAGACACAACAGUCCUGAGGUAAAGAAGUAUUAUGGAGAGAAACAACAGAUGCCUAAGCGUCAUUUCCGGCCAAUAGCAGGUGGAGCUCCUAUCCUGAUAUGUUACAACUGCUUUAAACCACUUCAGAUACCUGCAGAUUUUCUGCUUUUCAAAAGGAAAUGUCAUAGACUUCAAUGUGGUGCUUGCUCAAAGGUGCUUAAGUUUUCACUCCAUAAGAGAACUCACAUUCUCCCUUAUGAAGUGGAUGCUAUAGGGCCUCCACCAAGUGAGGUUGAGGAGCACAGUUAUGGUGUAAAUGCGGAUCCUGUGUCGUGUUCUGAUGAUUAUGGCUAUGGACUCUCAUACUGCAAAAGUGGCUCUACAGAGGCAGGAGAUGCUGGAAAUAUAGCACCCUCAAACUCUCUUGAAAGUACUACAGUGCAUGAGAGAAACAUGUCAUAUGGAUCAAACAAUCCAACAAGAGGGAGACAAGAGAUUGUUCUGAGACGUUCUCAAUCUCAAAACAAAGAUAGGAAUCCAGUUGAAAGAUUUAUGUCAGCAAGAACAUCGUCCCAGCUGCCACCAAAGUCAAGCUCACCACUUCAUCGACUCAUGGGUUACAGAUCGCCAAGUCAAGUGAUUAGAGGGAUUGGUUUAUCUCGUUCAGGGUCAAAAAACUCAGGAAGGAACUGA